AUGGGAAGAAGUAUGAGGUUACUGCUGGAGUAUCACAGGGGUCUGUUCUGGGACCAGUAUCUCUGGAAUAUCUUCUGUAAUAAAAUAUUAGAAACGGAAAGAGGAAUAUCCCUAAUUGCAUACGCAGACGACCUAGCGAUUGUAACUAGGGCAAAAUAUAAAACAGAGCUGGAAGACAAAACUCAGCAUUUCAGGAAAUUGAUAAUGUGGAAACUGGCCGAAAUGGGGAUACUAGUGACGAUAAAAAAACUGAAUUGGUAUUACUAUCUGGUAGAAGACAGAUACAAACAUGUAGAUUAUGUGACAAAAAUUAACUAUAUACUUUUCAAAUCUCUUUGCGAUUUAUUGAACGCCACUCAAAUAAAAAUUAUAAGAUCAGAUUGGGGAUUCAGUAGCAAACUACCUAACGACUCGUAUACGAAGGGUUUAUUUGGCGACAUAGCUUUUAAAAGAGCCGACAUUUCAGGUACAAUUUCUUUUACUCCGGCUUAUCGACUAAAGUACUUGAAGUAUAUUUUUGCACCGUUGAAAAAUGUUGCUAUUAAGUUUAUAUUUAGAGCUCCACCUUUAGCUUACUAUUCUAAUUUGUUCACAAUGCCAUUUAAUAAAGUCGUGUGGAUUACAAUAGCCGGUUAUGUCGUGCUAUGUGGCUUCAUUAUAAAAAUUAUAUUUUCAUGGGAAGUUAAAGAAGAAGAUUUUGUAGCAAUAUCUAGAAAUAACGAUGAGAAUAAGCCUAGUACUAUGGAUAUUGUAAUGAUGCAGAUGGCUAUAAUUUGUCAAAUGGAUUUUUAUCACGAACCAAAAAGUUUGUCUGGAAAGAUGGCUACUUUUACAUUGUUAAUCUGUACCACAUUUCUAUAUACUGCGUUUUCAGCGAGAAUUGUUUUGCUACUGCAAUCCAAUACCAAUAGCAUUAAAACACUGGAAACGCUGUAUAAUGCAAAACUGGAUUUUGGUGUAGAAGAUCAGUCAUUUAAUCGGCACUUCUUUCUUGAACCUUCUGACCGAGCCGAUGAAUAUUGGAGAAAUUUAAUCUAUGAAACCAAAAUAAAAUCAUCCAAAGGAGACAACUUUUUUCCCGUCUCGAAGGGAAUGCAACUUGUAAGAGAUUCGUAUUUUGCAUUUAAUGUGGAAAUGAAUGCAGCUAAUAAUGUCAUUUUGAACACCUUUACUAAUAAUCAAAUAUGUACUUUACGAACGGUGGAUACUAUUUACAAAACUGAUAAUCCACAUAUAUUUUGUCAUAAAAGGUCUCCGUACAUGGAAAUGUUUAUUGUAGGCUUGAGACGACUUUGCGAAAAUGGAAUUCAUGACAGGGAACAUAGGAAUUGUAUUACUAAACAACCUAUUUGUUUAGGAAGAGGAAAUAUUUUUGUAAGCGUUGGAUUAAAAGAAGCUUAUUUCUCUUUCAUGGUGUUUGGAAUUGGCUUAUGCUUGAGUCUACUGAUAUUUAUCAUUGAGUUGAUAUCGGCCCACCAUCUUCGUAAAAACAAUAAUGUUAUAGCAUUUUAG